AUGGCGGCCAACGUGGGUGAUCAACGUAGCACGGAUUGGUCCUCUCAGUACAGCAUGGUGGCCGGGGCAGGCAGAGAGAAUGGCAUGGAGACUCCUAUGCAUGAGAACCCGGAGUGGGAGAAGGCCCGCCAGGCUCUGGCCAGCAUCAGCAAAGCAGGAGCUGCCGGCAGCUCCACCAAGGCCAGCAGCAACGGGCCCGUGGCCAGCGCACAAUACGUGUCACAGGCAGAAGCCUCGGCUCUGCAGCAGCAGCAGUACUACCAGUGGUACCAGCAGUAUAACUACGCCUACCCUUACAGCUACUACUACCCCAUGAGCAUGUACCAGAGCUACGGCUCCCCCUCCCAGUACGGCGUGGCCAGCUCCUAUGGCUCCGCCACCCCCCAGCAGCCAUCGGCACCCCAGCACCAGGGGACUCUGAACCAGCCCCCAGUCCCCGGCAUGGAAGAAAGCAUGUCCUACCAGGCACCCCCUCAGCAGCUGCCGGCAGCCCAGCCCCCUCAGCCCUCCAACACCCCGCACGGGGCUCAUACUCUGAACAGCGGCCCCCAGCCUGGAACAGCCCCUGCCACACAGCACAGCCAGGCAGGGCCCGCCUCCGGCCAGGCCUAUGGGCCACACACCUACUCUGAGCCUGCCAAGCCCAAGAAGGGCCAACAGCUGUGGAACCGGAUGAAGCCAGCCCCUGGGACUGGCGGUCUCAAGUUCAACAUUCAGAAACGGCCCUUUGCCGUCACCAGCCAGAGCUUCAGCUCCACCUCAGAGGGUCAGCACGGCAGCUUCGGCCCCCAGCCGAACCCGGAAAAAGCCCAGAACCACCGGGGGAGCCUGUCCGGGAAGCCCGACGAUUGGCCGCAGGACAUGAAGGAGUAUGUGGAGCGCUGCUUCACUGCCUGCGAGUCGGAGGAGGACAAGGACCGGACCGAGAAGCUGCUCAAGGAGCUGCUGCAGGCCCGGCUGCAGGACGGCUCCGCCUACACCAUCGACUGGAGCCGGGAGCCCCUGCCCGGGCUGACCCGGGAGCCUGUGGCUGAGAGUCCCAAGAAGAAGCGGUGGGAGGCCCCUAGCAGCCUACAUCCUCCCAGGGGGGCAGGCUCAGCGACAAGGGGCGGGGGUGCCCAGUCCCAGCGAGGGACACCGGGGGCUGGGGGUGCUGGCCGAGCCCGGGGCAGCAGCUUCGCCAAGUUUGGCAACCGCAAUGUCUUCAUGAAGGACAACAGCUCCUCCUCCAGCACGGACUCGCGCUCCCGUUCCUCCUCCCGGUCCCCCACCCGCCACUUCCGCAGAAGUGACUCCCACUCGGAUUCAGACAGUUCUUACUCAGGGAAUGAGUGUCACCCUGUGGGUCGCCGGAACCCACCCCCUAAGGGCCGAGGAGGUCGGGGGGCCCACAUGGAUCGAGGCCGAGGCAGGGCGCAGCGUGGGAAGAGGCAUGACCUGGCUCCCACCAAGCGCAGCCGGAAAAAGAUGGCUGCGCUGGAGUGCGAGGACCCUGAGCGUGAGCUGAAGAAGCAGAAGCGGGCUGCCCGCUUCCAGCAUGGACACUCCCGCCGCCUGCGCCUCGAGCCCCUGGUGCUGCACAUGGGCAGCCUGGAGAGCAGCGGCGCGGACCCCGACUGGCAGGAGCUACAGAUCGUGGGCACCUGCCCUGACAUCACCAAGCACUACCUGCGCCUCACCUGUGCUCCCGACCCGUCCACUGUGCGCCCUGUGGCAGUUUUGAAAAAGUCACUGUGCAUGGUCAAGUCCCACUGGAAAGAGAAACAGGACUACGCCUUUGCCUGCGAGCAGAUGAAGUCGAUUCGGCAGGACCUGACGGUGCAAGGCGUGCGGACAGAGUUCACGGUGGAGGUGUAUGAGACGCACGCCCGCAUCGCCUUGGAGAAGGGCGAUCACGAGGAGUUCAACCAGUGCCAGACGCAGCUCAAGUCGCUGUACGCCGAGAACCUACCCGGCAACGUGGGCGAGUUCACUGCCUACCGGGUCCUCUACUACAUCUUCACCAAGAACUCAGGAGACAUCACCACGGAGCUGGCGUACCUGACUCGGGAACUGAAGGCAGACCCUUGCGUGGCGCACGCCUUGGCACUGAGGGCAGCCUGGGCUCUGGGCAACUACCACCGCUUCUUCCGGCUCUACUCUCACGCACCCUGCAUGUCCGGGUACCUGGUGGACAAGUUUGCAGACCGGGAGCGCAGAGCUGCCCUCAAGGCGAUGAUCAAAACCUUCCGCCCUGCGCUGCCAGUCUCCUACCUGCAGGCCGAGCUGGCCUUCGAGGGCGAGGCCGCCUGCCGAGCCUUCCUAGAGCCCCUGGGCCUGGCCUACACGGGCCCGGACAACGCCAGCAUCGACUGCCGCCUCAGCCUGGCGCAGCUAUCAGCCUUCUGA